CCCUAGAUAACAUCUAGGGGAAAUGAGUGGGUUCGUUCCAGACGCGUCACGACGCACCCCUUAAUUUACACCGUCGUUCCUGAAGGUACCACAAAACAAUACGCACCUGCUUCCAACUGCGACACAGCAAAAACCGUCCUAAACAAAGUUGAAGAAUUUUAAGGUUAUGUGGUGAAGUUCGGAUAGGGCAGGCUUGUGUGAAUGGAAAAAUGAAGCGACACCAGUGUGAAAACGCCAAAUUUGAAAUCUAUUAUUGUAAACGCUGCGACUUUAAAACCGAACUGACGAUUCUAUUCGUACAACAUUUUCGUACACGCCACGGUAUUAAGAGAGAAUGUGGAGAGGAUUUGUCAAGUGAGGACUUUAGCAUACACAAUUACGUUUGCGAAAAGUGCCACUUUGAAACUAAUUUUUCGUUGAAGUGGCUUCAGCAUACUUUAGCGUGCUCGGAAACCGAACGUUGGUAUUACUGUACGGAAUGCCCCUACAAAUCUAAACUCAACUACAAUUUAAAACAACAUGUACGAAAUCGCCACUUACCCAAGCGGUUUGCAUGUGAUAAGUGUUCGUAUAAAUGUAGGUGGAAGGCAGCUUUAAAAAGCCACAUUAAUAGCAACCAUUUGGCUGACGAAGAUGGCGAAUGGUACAAAUGUGACGAGUGUCCUUUCAAAGCCAGAGCGAAACGUAAUUUAAGACAACAUGUCAAUUACGUCCACUGGAAAAAAAGAGACUAUGGAACUAAAUGGCACCAGUGCACUGAAUGUCCAUUUAAAACCUUGUACAAAAGAUAUUUAAAAAUUCACGUAACCGUGAAACAUCUAGACGAAGAAAAAAUUAAAUGGUACGAAUGUAAAAAUUGCCCGUACAAAACCAAACGGGCGUCGAAUUUAAAAAAUCACAUAAGUUACCACCACCUAGACGAAGAAAAAGUCAAAUGGUACCAAUGUGAAAAGUGCCAAUUUAAAAGUAAACAUGCGUCGUGCUUAAAAAAUCAUAUAACGUAUCAACAUCUAGACGAAGUAAAGGUGAAGUGGUACGAAUGCGAACAGUGCGAUUUUAGAACUAAAUACAGUUGUUCGUUGAAGCAGCACAUAAAUCGUAUUCAUUCAGAAAAACCGGAAUGGUACGAGUGUGCGAAUUGCUCUUAUAAAAAUAAAACUAGGUCUAAUUUAAAACUACAUAUGAGUAUCCACCAUUCAGACGACAAGUUGUAUCAAUGCAAAUUUUGUCCGUAUAAAACUAAUCUGAAUAGUUCGCUAAAAACUCACGUAAACAUCUGCCACGCGGAUGGAGACGAUGCUAAAUGGCAUCGAUGUAAACAGUGUCCAUACAGAAGUAAAAAUCCUUCGUGUUUCUAUAAACACAGAAAAAAACACGAGUAGGGGAGGUUUUUUGUGAGUUUUGUUUAUUUAUUUUGAUUGAUUAAAUAAAUAUUACACUUGUAAAGAAUAAAACGAAUGAUUGAA